AACAUCUCCCCCCACCGUUCCCCCUGAAGGAGAUGAGGGUCCUCAUCGUGGAAAACAGCAAAUGUGACUCGGAAUACCACACUGGCCUCUACACGGGGGACAACGUCCACAUUGUCAAGGACGUGAUCUGUGCCGGGGACGAGGAGAGUGACUUCUGCCAGAUGCGUGGCGACUCUGGAGGGCCCCUGGUCUGCAAGGUCAACGGCACCUGGAUGCAGGCGGGUGUGGUCAGCUGGGGUGACGGUUGUGCCCGGCCCAAUAGGCCCGGCAUCUACACCCGUGUCACCUCCUACCUGCACUGGAUCCACCAAUACGUCCCCAAGGAGCCCUGAUCCCCUCCCUCGGGCUGCCACCUGGGGCCGAGGAGAAUCCAGCCCCCUCCUGCCCCAGACCACUGCUUCCUGCCCAGUGUCUGCCUUUUCCACCUCCUUACCCCCUGCCCUGAGCCGCCCCAGCCAACCCCUCCUCAGCCCAGGGGGUGGGGGGUGGGCACUGCCCCUCAUUAAAGUGUGUGAAGAGCA